AACUAGAUGAUAUUUAUACAGGAUGACACUUUUGUUGGGGCCACCAUCUUCUGGUAAGACAACACUUCUGUUGGCUUUGGCGGGAAGAUUGGAUCCGAGCUUAAGAGUUGAAGGGGAGAUAAGUUACAACGGUCAUAAACUCAAUGAGUUUGAGCCUCGAAGGACAGCGGCUUACAUCAGUCAUAACGAUAUUCAUGCUGGAGAAAUGACUGUUAAGGAGACCCUUGAUUUCUCGGCAAGGCGUUGGAUCUCGUUUAGAAAUGUUAACCGAGCUUGCGAGAAGAGAAAAGGCAGCAGGGAUUAUUCCAGAAGCUGAAGUUGGCCUUUUCAUGAAGGCGACCACCAUUGAAGGAGAUGAAAGCAUUUUGAUUACUUACUACACUCUAAGAGUAAGUGUUUUGAUACUUUUAGACUUUGUUAGUUGUUUCGGUUGCUGCUUUGAUUGACACCGUGUUGGUUAUGGCCUGAACAAUUUGGUUAUGGAACUCGAGAAACUGAUUGAAACAAUCUGUUGGGUCAUCAGGGUUAGCAGACUUGGUCAGCGUUGACAAAGUCCUGCAACACAUGUAAAAACUUGAUGUUACAGAAAGCAAGAUACCCAGGUCGGGUUGGUUGCUGACCUGUCAACACUUUUUU